AUGGGGAACUCUCCUUCCGCGGUCGAGGGCAACAGGAGAGUCCCUCAUAAGCUGUCGAAACCUCGGACUGGAAACCCCACGACAGCUGGCCUGUUGAGCACCGAUGGGCUCGCCAGACAUUCUUCGUUCCGCUAUUCAAGCCCUGGCCUCGCCGGUCCUCCCCUCUCCUACCCUUUCUCUCCUGUGCCUUCCUCCACAGACGACCCAGCUUCCUUCCCUGUCAUCGAGGGGAGCCACCAGCCAGUUCCCGAGCCUGUCAGCCGGAGGAGCUCUAUCCUCUCGCAGAAGAGACUGAGUUUGUUCCGCUCCAAGUCGUCCCAAGGGCCCCAAGAUCGUCCCGAGCACCACCCUUCGCGUCGGAACAGCAGCAUCGGUCUCCCAAAGAGGUCUAGGACCAUCGAUCCGGUAUCCAGAUCAAACUCGAUGGCGUUCGAUUUUAGUCUAGGCUCCUAUUACGGGAGUGCCAUGUCUGACAGCUGGCAGCCGGGCUCUCGAACGUCCUGGAACUAUGACUUGAGCUCGUACGAAGCACAGAGGCUCCUUAACCUCGUCGAGGAGCCCAUGCAGUAUGAGCAGACUACCACUGUAGUUACUGAGAACCAGUUUACCGUCGUUUCAGAGGUUACGUGGAAGAGCUCGCACCCGGCGGGAUCAGAGAGCGCGCCACUCAGCAGGGCCAACUCGGACUUGUCGCUCUACACGCCUGUGCGCCGGCGGUCAGUCAUUCAGACACCAGGUGUCGCCACGCGGACGAGGAGCACAACCGGCACCUCUCGAGCAGCUUUCCGGCACAGCCAUCCACCCACGCCAAGCUUGUCUCGGCAACAAUCGCGCGAGUCGAUGGGUAGCAGGGGAGCGUCGAUGCCUCCGCCACCUCGGCUUGAAGAUCCGGAUCUGGUGCCACGGGUCGUCACGCCGUGCGAGGGGGACUACCAGACUAUCGGUGCUUUCAAGCUUGGUUCCUUGCGCAUCACGAAUGGUGCCGCAAGUCCCGUUGGAACUCCCGAGCCGGGUUCCAAGAGCCAUUUCGAAGAACAGAUUGCGAUUUCGGAGCGGAGGCUUGAUUACUUCUCGGCUACGAAGCGUCUCGGCGACUCUGGCGAAGGCGUGGACGUAUUCGAAAGCACAAACAUGAGCGCCACGGCGCAGCUUUCGCGUAUCGGCACGCCGAAGCAUGUUGGCUUACACCUCAAGCCUAUCGUGACUGCAUUUGCGCCAUCGGACGGCGACAAGCAUCCGAUUAUUCAGGUCAAGGACCUCGCAUCGCCCAACUCCGAGCCGGAAGUGGCUCACCUUCCUGAAGUCCUCGUCAAUGCCCCGCCCUUGGAUGCCUCAGCGGCUGCCAGUCCUAAGCUGCAGACAACGUCAAAGCACACCGCUGUGGAGGAUCACUUGUUUGAAGAAGAUGGACAACCCGAGUAUUCGACUUCAGAAGUUCUGGACAUCCGCUUGGAUCCGAAUGCGAAGUCACAGCCGGUUGGGAAGGCAGAUCAGGCGCCACAGGAAGUUGCAAGCGUAACGCGGUCGGACAGCGGUUUCGUCUCGAGCCCGACAUCUGAAUAUUCGAGCAAGAAACCCCUGAGCAAGGCCGACUCUGGAUACAGCUCCAAUGUUUCUCUGCGGUCUUUUCAACAGAAACCGCCCGUGCCCGAGAAAGACUAUCCGGACUUCAAGCCAGCCUUGCAGCCGACAUCUCCGCUGAGCCCGGACCAUGCCUCUUUUCAACUAGCAGAGCUUCCGUUGCCGAGUCCCACUAUAACACCGCCUGAAGAGGUCUCGCCGGAGAUUGUGCCUUCGCAUCCUUCAAGAGAAGCGCCUCCACCACCUCUUCCGCCGAAGGAUGAAGUUUCUGCGGCCGUCCAGCCACCCGUCAAUGGCACUCCUGCACCAAAAGAGCGAGCUUCGAUGGAUCGUGCCCGAAGUCUGUUGAGUACCUCCAACAUCCUCAGAAAGAAACAGAGCCCUUCGCCGAUUGACAGCGCUUCGUCACGAACCAAUGGACCUGUGUCUCCCGCUUCAACCCCGCGUACUCCUCUGAGUGCUAAAUCGGACACCUCUGGCGCAUCUAUGAGAAUUAGUCCUCAGACACAAAAACAAGGGAAGCUCCAGCGGCUCCUGAGCCUGAACAGAUCCCGUGGCCCCUUGGCUGUCCACACUACGCAUGUCCAGGAGAAAGCCGACAUCCCCUCUGUGCCCCAGGCUGUGGAAGCCAAAUUGAAUGAACACUCUGGGCUUUUCCCCAUGACUACCAAACGGCUGGCGCUGAAGAAGCAACUGAGCAAGGAUACUCUGAUGACUAUUUUCAGUGUCGGGAGUUUUGACUUGAACCCUGGUGACGCACCGUCAAAGAAGAAGAGUUCGGAGGAGAUCCAAGAGGAGGCCGUUGCCGAAGCCGCCACUGGGAAUCGCCGACACACCUUCCAGGGCGUGCCGGCUUCUCUGGCUCAUGUUGCUGCCGCGGUGAUGCCUGUUCGCAAGCCCAUCCCGCGCAAGCCUGUUCCGGUUCGCGCUGGACAUCUCAACAACCAGAUUGUCAACGACUCGCAGCCUGACUCGGUCGGAGAGAAGGAAGCCGAGCUUGCUACCUACCAUUCCGUUAAUAACAGCUUGGGUAAUAAUGCGUAUGACGCAGCCUUCAUGGCCAUGACGGAGGUGAGAAGCACGGAGUCUACCAUUCGCAAGCCGGGAAGGACUAUGAGCAUGACGGCUCAGAUGGAGCGCCGCUGGGACAGUGCGCGACUUUCCUUGCAAACCUCAUCCAAUGGGUUCCUCUCUCCACCUGCUCUACCGAGUCCUUUGCGGCCGGACAUAUUUCCGCCCAAGAACAGCCGAACGCCACCUCCCAUCACCAUGAUGACACAAAAGAGACCGGCGUCUCUCAGAGUUCCCCCUCCACUCCGAGCGCAAUCAACACCGCCUACCUCUUUGACACGCAAGAAGAGUCGCGAGAGCUAUCCUUCAGGCUCGUUCGACAGGCAGGGUAUGAUCUCGCCACCCAAUAUCCCUCCCAUGAACCCUCGCCGCUCGAUGACGUUGCGCGACCCUUCUCCCAAUGGGAGCACCCAGCGCGGGGUUCCAGAUUGGCUUGCGGAGGCGGAUCGAAGCACAUCAAGGAGAAGCUCUAUCGACCACAGCCGCAGCAGCUCCCUAUCGUCUCGAAGUCAAGGUCAGAGCAGCUCCGGGCCCAGGCCAAUUGUCGAUUCACGAUAUCUGUCUCGACCACAAGGCCAGACUCUAAAGCACCGCGCUAGUUACGACGGCUAUAGCGCCCUGCAGGGUCGAGGUGGCAUGUAUCCCAACCCGGCCGACAGGGCCAGCCCUAAGCCGAUAAUGGAUGCUUAUGGCGGCGGCGGUGGUCGUCAGUAUGGACAGCCGCCACCAGUUCAUCACUCCCAACAACAGCAAUGGGAUCAGUACGGACGGUAUCCGCCGUAUGUUCCUCGGGGACACUACCGCAACCGGAGCAUGGGCAACCGACAAGGGCAGUAUGCCCAGGCGCCCCCUUUCCGAAUCUUACACAGCUACAAUUCACCCGCGUAUCGGAACGUGCCGAUAUGGGGCUGA